ACGGGUAUGGUUGGGAUAGGCCAUAACAACCACCCAACAAGGCGUUGUGCAACUAUGGGGGAAUACCGAACCGAACCGAGAGUAAAAUGGCUUUGGUUUAGUUUUUAGUCUAACUGAAUGAAUUCCUUUGGCCGGAAGUCGACGUAGUGGUAAAUUAUAUCAUAUUUAGGCAUCAAAUGUGGACGUUGACGUCGAGCCGUGCGUAAUGAGCAGAGUUGGAAAAAGAAGGUGUUGAGCUGCAUUUUUUCUCUCCCUGCCAGAGACAACUUGGUUCGGAGUACCGUUUAAACUACGGGGUUAUACAAAGAAAGAUAAUGACUACGAAGCUCUCCAUUUUCUGGCAUGACAGGCUGGGCCAGGGGCUCUGAGGGCAGUUCAGAGGAUCUGUGCCUGACCCACGACUAAGGACAGAGAGGAAUACGUUGUCUGAGCAGAAUGACUCAGCAAGAGGGGGGACCCCCAAAUAGCAAGUGAAGAGAAGUGAGGAUGGGUGCCAAUGGAUCCAGCUAUCCACACUCAUGCUCCCCACGCAUCGGGGGGAAUGCACAGGCACAGCAGACAUUUAUAGGGACCUCAUCCUACUCUCAGCAGGGAUAUGGCUGGGAGUCUAAGCUAUACAGCCUGGAGCAUGGCCAUGAACGGCCCACAGACAGGAAGAAGAAGAGCCUUGGUCUGGCAACCCUCAAACGGAGGUUCAUCAAAAGGAGGAAGUCCGGUCGCUCAGCAGAUCAUGCACGGCAGAUGCGGGAGCUUUUAUCAGGGUGGGAUGUCCGUGACACAAAUGCCCUGGUGGAGGAGUAUGAGGGAACAGCAGCUCUUAAGGAGCUGAGCUUUCAGGCCAGCCAGGCCCGUGCUGAGGCUCCCAGCUUGCAGCGUGAUCUUGCUGCCCUCUACCAGCACAAGUACUGUACUGAUGUGGACCUCAUCUUCCAAGGUACUUGCUUUCCAGCUCACCGAGCCAUCCUGGCUGUCCGAUGCCCCUUUUUCAAGACUCUGCUGUCCUCGUCUCCUGGCUAUGGAGCAGAGGUUCUCAUGGAUGUUGAGACAGCUGGCAUUGAUGUGCCCAUGUUCUCUGCCCUUCUUCACUACUUGUACACUGGGGAGUUUGGGGUGGGUGGAGCGGAGGAUACCAGGCUGCAGAAUGUGGAUGUACUGGUACAGCUCAGUGAGGAGUUCGGUACGCCCAACUCCCUGGAGGCAGAUAUGAAGGGCUUGUUUGACUACAUGUGUUACUACGAUGCUCUGCUCAGCUUCUCUUUGGACUCUGAAAUAGUAGAGAGUUGUAAUGAGAGAGGAGCUGUGGCUGCAGCACUAACGGGGGGCUCAGGGGGCAGUGGGACCCCUGGGACGCCAGAUGAAGACCUUAGGGCUCACAAGGCCAUUCUUUCAGCACGUUCUCCUUUCUUUAGAAACCUUUUGCAGAGACGUAUCCGCACAGGAGAGGAAAUGACAGAGCGUACAUUACAGACACCCACUCGCAUAGUACUAGAUGAAUCUAUCAUCCCACGGAAAUAUGUGCAGGUUAUUCUUCAUUGCAUGUACACAGAUGUGGUGGAUCUUGGGCUGGUGCUGCGGGGCAGCCCCUCAGCAAGCAGCCUCGGUGAGGUGCAAGCCCUUGUGUCAGGGGGUCGUGGGGCCAGCACACGGACUGAGGAGGCCAUGGAGUUGUACCAUAUUGCUCUAUUCUUGGAGUUUAGUAUGCUAGCUCAAGGCUGUGAGGACAUUGUUUUGGAAAGCUUGUCUUUAGACUCACUCGUCCCCAUCUUGAAGUGGAGCUCCCAGCCGUAUGGUUCCAAGUGGGUCCACAGGCAGGCCAUGCACUUCCUUUGCGAGGAGUUUAGUCAGAUUGUCACCUCAGAUGUUCUCUACGAGCUUAACAAAGAGCACCUUCUCAGUGCAAUUCAGUCUGACUAUCUACAGGCAAGUGAACAGGACAUUCUCAAGUAUGUUAUUAAGUGGGGCGAGCAGCAGCUUAUUAAGAGGAUGGCAGACAGGGAGCCCAACCUGCUGAGUGGCACAGCUCAUAGUGUAAACAAGAGGGGAGUCAAAAGGAGAGACCUGGAUGUGGAGGAGCUAAAGGAGAUCCUGUCUCCACUCCUGCCCUUCAUCCGCACUGAGCACAUCUUACCUCCCAACAGUGAUGUCCUCGCUGAUGCGCUUAAAAGGGGUUUGAUAAGCACCCCUCCUUCAGACAUGCUGCCCACACCUGAGGGGGGAAAGUCUAAUGCCUGGUUACGGCAGAAGAACGCUGGCAUCUAUGUGCGCCCCCGUCUUUUCUCUCCUUAUGUGGAGGAGGCUAAGUCUGUACUUGAUGAAAUCAUGGUGGAGCAGACAGAUCUGGUGCGUUUGCGACUAGUGCGAAUGUCCAAUGUCCCAGACACACUCUAUAUGGUCAACAACACUGUGCCUCAGUGCUGUCACAUGAUUAAUCAUCAGCAAAUGGCAAGCAAUUCAACCUCAGUUCCAUCAGUUGUGGCCAAUGAAAUUCCAGUGCCUCCACUGUCGGUGGUGAAGGAGAUGAUCCGGAGGCUGCAGGAACUGAGACACACAGAGCAGGUCCAGAGAGCUUAUGCCCUGAACUGUGGUGAAGGAGCCACUGUCAGCUACGAGCUACAGCUGCGCGUACUGAGGGAGUUUGGUCUGGCAGACGGCGCCACUGAGCUAUUGCAGAAUCCAUACAAAUUCUUCCCUGAUGAACGGUUUGGAGAUGAGAGUCCACUUCUGGCUCUGCGCCAGGUGGGUCGUUGUCGGGUGAACAGCAGCCCAGCCAUGGAUAGCAUGUUCACAGAUCUGGAAGGGAUAGCAGGCUUCCACCCUCCUUUACCUCCUCCACCUCCCCCAUACCACCCCCCUACCACACCCAGCCAUGCUCAGCUCAAGGGUGCCUGGCGACCUCGUGUGCCCAUACCGACCCCCACCCGUUCCUUCUCCUACCCCUGCAAUCGCACCUUGAUCCAGCGGCAUGCAGCCGCCAAGCAUGGCAGCUCAGAUUACUCCUCUGUGCCCAGGGCCCAGCCCCCAGACUGCACCAACCCUCAGACUAUGGGCCGAGCUUUGCUUUCAGACCAGCAAGCGAUGAGUGUGGAGCCUGUUAUGAGGGAAUUCAUGCCUGACAUCGCCCUGGGUGUCUCAGUCAUGUCUCUUAGGGAGCAGCACAUGGUAGAGAUGGACAGAGAUGGCCCUCACAGCCCCAUGGGCCCCUCAGGGCACCAUCUGUCCCAUGGACCUUGUCCCUCUGCCCGCCUCAGCCAUGGCCAUGGUCCUGGACAUGGCCAUUCCUGCAAGAGACACGCUCCUGAACCUAAACUGGAGGCUCAAGCAGAGUUCCCUGACCUGUAUGACUUUUCCUGCCGACCUGCAACCCCAACAUCCGCUCACCCUCUGCCCUCCUUUGCAGGACCAGACCUCUACAGCCACAGCUGUACCCCCUCCAGCUCCUAUCCACCGCCCUACAUUUCUGACUCUCAGGCCCAGGGCCACCUGCAGGGACGUACUGCCCCAGACCCACUGCGACUGGAUGUCCUCAGUAUGGCCUCUCAGAGGCAUGAUGGAGUCCUUGCAAGCCCCUCUGGGGCCCAGCCUAGAAUGGGACAUAUCCCGAGAGGUCGAUCAAAUGAGACAGACCUGACUCAUGGCUUAGGCCACUUACGGUCCUCGAGUGGAAAUGUAGACCGCUAUGAGGAGAGGCACACAGGACCUAGAGACACUCCAGAAGAGAUGGUUCUAGGUGGAGAAUUGUCAGGCCCGGGGGCCCUCCAACAGUCUCAAAGGAAUAGUGUCAGCGAGGAGAUUGCCAGAGACCGCAGGUCCCCCAGCAAGCCUGACUACCCUUAUAAGAAAUCUGCACUUUAACGCCAGCUGAGGAUCUGGAGUUGAGUUAAGAAAAGAGAAAAGUGAUGUGUGACUGUCCUUCAUAAUGAAUAGCAAAGCACUAAAUGCGUGCCUGCGUAUGUGUGUUUGAGAGGAGCAGGGAUAGGGGUUGGUCAAUGGUUGCUAUUUAUAGGAUGUCCUUUUGUCCUACCUCUGUCACACUGUGCUAUCCAUCACACAGAUUAUGGAAAGAGUAAGAGUUGUAGGUUAACUAUCAAUACUUGUAAUUGAGCUCUGCAAGCCUGCCUGGUCCUGCUGUUUUAGAGGAUGACUUGGGCUCCACAGGGAUGGAUUGGUCUUUUUAGGUUGUUUUUUAAAGGAAGAGGUUAGCUCUGUGCUGUGUGAAUCCUACACGGGGAGGUCACAACACUAGAUGUAGCUCAGUUAUAAACUGAUGGUUUAACAGAAAAUAUAUUCAUAAGCUUUGUUACCUCUUGAUUAUUUCCAGCACAGAAUGGGGAGAUGGCUAAGUUGGAAUCUCAAUUUAUACAAAAACAGUGGCACACAGUCCAGGACAGAGCAUUUUGAUUAAAUCAUAUGUAAAUAUGUCUGGCUGUAUUCUUUUUCACCCAUGACUUGUAUUUCCAUUUCUUCUUGUAAUAUGCCUACAGUAACCCACCUGACUAGUUUUCCCCUUCUGGCCAUGGUUCAGCUGUGCUGAUCAGUAAUGGGCCAAGGUUUGGUCACACAAAGCAGGACUAGGAUCUGACAGAAAGCAGGUCCUUUUAGUGGUUGUCAUUCUCCAGUAACCCAGUCUGAUAAUUAUGUCAGGCUUUAUCUUAACACAGCCUCUCAGUGUGUAGCUUAGAAGCAGAAGCCUGAGCGGGGAAGGCAGGAGGAUCGCGGGCAGGUUCAUUACUGACAUACAGUAGAAAAUUUUGGGGUACCAUGGCAACUGACAUACAGUGAUUAAACGGAGUGCUGGGUGUUUGUUGGUUUUGCCUCUGGACUAGGUGUAUGUACGUGAGGAUUACAUUGAUACACAGGUGUUAGACAAUCUCAGUACUGUACACUCCCCUUUUUAGUCAGGUCUGUUUGUACAUAUCAGAGUGUGAGAGGAUUAAACAGUCACUGGCACAGGGUGUGGUAGUCAGUGUGCUAGAGCUCCCUCUUGUUCUGUUUAAUCCAAUAGCAUCAAGUAAUCUAAUCUAAGGCCUUAACCAGUGCUUGGAAUAUUCAGUUUUAGCUACCUUUAUUCAAUCAAGUAUGAUGUCAUUAUAUCGCAACCCCUGUUAAUUGCUUAUUUGACUGUUCUUUUCACUACGGACACAUUGACUUCUCUGGGUGACUUCUCUUCUUCUCUGGGUGGUAGAGGUGAAUUUCACUAAACCCAAAUGUAAAUACACCAUCUCACCACCUGAUGGGAGAUUGUGGUCUUGCAUCAUCAGUGUUGAUACCGUUUAAAUAUAUUAAGAGCCACAGCAGCUGUAGCUCCACAACCCUGCAAGUACACACACAAGCCUCUUACAGCCAAUCGCUGGCAUACAACCUCGAGUAUCAUUGCACUGUAGGAGCCACCUGUUUAUUAACUGAAUGGAAAAAGAACAAAUGAGUUUGGAACAAAAGGAGUUGUAUUGAAGAAUAGUUGGCAAUCGCUGACUCGUAUCUCCAAUAGAAAAUGUAUAUAAUAAACAGAAAUAUUCUGAUAGAUUUUUUUUAAUGGUUUCUGUCACAUUUCAGUGGUUGUUGAAGGUUUGUUUUUACUGUAGUGGAUAACACUGUGUAUUUCUGUCAUGAAUUCUCACCAAGAAUGUGUGGUACAAAGCAAAGAUUGUCUCAGUUUUGUUCUCAAAUAAUAGGCAUUUAAGGCAGCCUGUUUAAUAUUGUCGGUAGUGUGGAUUACCAUGUUCAUAGAUGUUUUUCCCCAUUUUCUUUUACUUGAAAAGUAACAGGAAUAUGUAGAGGAUCUGAAAAUAUGAGCUUUCUGCUUUGCAUUGAUAAAAAUUGCCAGGCAGAAAAAUGAUUUUUCCAUCUAGGUUGCUUCAUGGGGAAAAAAUGCAAAGCCUCCCCAUGUUCAUGUGGGAUAGUUUUCUUUUCCAGGACAAUGUUCCAUUGAAUAAAAGUUGUCGUUUUACUUUUUGCUGUAGAGAAGUCAGUGCCUUCCCCUGCCUGCGGCUGGGCUUUUAUUGGAGAAGUGACUUUGAUGUCUAUGCAAGAUCUUUCCUACCAGCCUGCAUCAGAUAGUUCUUUGAAAUCUCAUGUAGCUCAUUUUGUGUACAUAGUGGUGUUUAGCACAUUUUGAAAUUGAACCAUCUGAAAGGUGGGAUGCUUAUGUUUAAUUGUAACAGGUACAUUGUACUUGUAUGUUACAGAAAACAUGUUUGUAGAUUGAUAUUAAGUUGGAUUUAGUUUCACUUAAUCUAUUUUUCUACUGUCACCUCAAAAGGUGCAUAACAGUGGUCAACUUGAGCAUCCUCAAAAUAAACUGAUUUGAUAUUAUGGAAAAUUA